UUCAUCUCUUGAGAAUCGUCGCUCAGGAUGGAUGCUCAGCUCGUUGGGGUCCUUGUUAUAUCGGUUCUCCUUCUAGUUCUCUACCGGCGACACACUAAGCUGUCAAUUGCCUACGUCCGUGGCCCGAAGGCAGACUCGUUCUUGUUUGGUCAUCUUCGCCUACUCGCAAACAGCCCUAUCGGCCAGGUUCAUUACAAGUGGCAAGAUGAAUUCGGAUCGGUUAUCCGUUACAAGGGCUUCCUGGGUAAGGACAUGCUCAUGAUCUCCGACCUCAAGGCCCUGCAGUACAUCUUAAACACUGCUGCCUACAAAUUUGAUCGGCCAGAGGCGGUCCGGCAGGCGUUGCUUACGCAAGACGGUCCGGAUCUCGUCUGGUCUGAAGGCGAACAGCAUAAACGGCAGCGAAAGGUUAUGCUUCCGGCGUUCGGGGGCCCCGAAGCGAAGGCACUGUAUCCUGUUUUCAAGUCGAAAGUGGAGCAUUUGAAAACAAUAUGGAAGGAUAUCAUUAGUGGCACCGACAAGGGUACUUCUGCUACCAUCAACGUCAAUCAGUGGUUGAGCAGGGCCACUUUGGAUGCCAUCGGCCAAGCUGCUUUCGACUACGAACUCGGGAUGCUAGACAACGGCGAGAACGAGCUGGGGAAACUAUACCAGAACUUCUCGCUCGACACGGCACCUUCAGGCAAAAUCAUCGCUGAUGCAGUGCUGGACUACCUACCUGGUCCUGUCCUCAAAUUUAUUUUCGAGACUCUGCCGUUCCGCACUUUCAUACGCUUGAGAGAGCACCGGACAGUCACUAGAAAAGUAGCGAAGCAGCUCAUCGAUAUUAAGGGACAAGAGCUCCUGGAAGGAAGAGGAAAUCGGGACGUCUUCAGUCUACUCAUCAAAGCCAACGGAUCCGAGCAGAGCAAGAGUCGCCUCACUGACGAGGAGCUCUACGCAGAAAUGAGCGUCAUUUUCAUUGCCGGCCACGAAACAACCUCCAACUCUCUCACCUGGAAUUUGUAUGAGCUGGCAAAGCGGCCCGUUAUGCAACGCCGGAUUCGUGAAGAGAUCCGAGAAAGGGAAGCGGUCAUACGGGCAAGAGGAGACACCGAGUUCAGCUUGACCGAUAUCGAGAGUCUGGCAUUCUUUCAGGCGUUCUUAAAGGAAACGCUGCGCAUGCACCCUGUGGUUUUUGCCUUGAUUCGGAGGGCAGUGAAAGACAUUGUCUUGCCCCUCGCGCAGCCCAUCAUGGACGUCUCUGGGAAGACCCGCUCCGAACUUGUUGUUCCCAAGGGUACCGAUAUCAGUGUACCUGUCGGGUGUUACCACAGGGACAAGACAGUCUGGGGAGAGGAUGCUGAUACUUUCAAUCCUGAACGUUGGAUGAAGGGCGACGCCGUGAAGGCAGCCAGUCCUAUGGGAGUCAUAAGCAACCUUAUGAACUUCGGAAGUGGAACCAGGUCCUGUAUCGGCUGGCGGUUCGCGAUGACCGAAAUGCAAUGCUUCCUCGUGGAGCUCAUCAAUACAUUCGAGUUCGGGUUACCCGCCAAAGACAUGGUCUUCCACAAGGUGGGAUCGAUCGUCGUCGUGCCAGUACUAGCUUCAGAGGCGGGCAAAGGGGCCCAGAUGCCGUUAACCAUCUCCAUAGCGGACAGAGAUUGAGUUCGAACUGGAAGCAUGUCGUGGCCUAGCCGUCCUAAUGAUAUGUUACCACACGGGUUUGCUAGGUAGUUAAUCGGUCUAAAGCGCGUAUUAGCGCGUAGUUUAUGAAACGUUUGCGCAG